UCACGCAGUCGUAUACACGCUGGCGGCGCCGGGUCUCGCGUACGCGGCUACCGCCUAUAAAAGGCACAGCUCGUCAGCCAUAAGGGGGGGGGGCAGAGAUGGAGAACUACAACAGAGAAGAAGGAGAUCCAUCUACACAUAUAUGAAGAACACACGCAAGAGAAAACACAGGGCCUCGGCGGAAGGGCACGCCAACGUGUGCGCGGCCGGCCGGCCGAAGGCGGCGCAGCAUGGCACACCAAAAGUGUGGCCCGCCGGGGGCGCCGCUCGAUGCUGGAAGAUCAAUCUACCCGGAGACGAAGGCUGCGACAAGAUCGACGCCACGCCGUCCAGGACGAUUUCAUCUAACAUUGUCCAGUUCUUCUGUUUAUCUCUUUCUCUCUCUACAUGUAUAUUUCAGGCUUUCAGCACAUAUAUGCAUGGACAGUCAUUCAACUCCCAUCAAUCCAUCCAUUGGCGGCGGCUGCGCCGAAGGCAGAACACGGAGGGAGGAAGAACACGACGGCACGAGAGAAGCCGGUGGCUGCCGGCCGGCGCAUCCGACGCUCGGCGAGGGUACAGGCGGUCACCCAAGAGACGGCGCCAGGCGAUCGACAUUCGUCCAGCCAUCCCUCUUCCUGAUGAGAAGAACAUGCAUGCAUGCGUAGGAGAUGUACAUAUGCGGGUGCUGUUGCUGCCGUAGUAGUUGCAUCCUCUGUACGUGCUCCCCGGGAAGUAAUCGUAUCGGCGCCACCGCCCACCGCUCAUCCGAGUCGACGAGAUGCUGGUUAUCCCUGGAGUCGACACCGCCAAUCGAGUCGCCGGUGAUGCAUCCACCUGAAACUGCGGCGUCGCCGAGAUGCCGAGAUGUCGGGCGUCCUCGCUUUGUCGGCUGCAAGUUUCACCGCGGCGGACUGACCAUGUCGGAGUCGUCGUGACGCUGCUCUGCUGGGGCACGCCAGGAUCGCCGGAGGCCCGGAGCCACCGUCGACUGCCAAGACUCCUGCUUCCACCACGCACAGCGUAUCAAAUCAUGGCCGCAGCCCUUUCCCCCGACGCGGCCGAUGUUCGGCGCUGCUACUGUUCUCACGACGGCGAUACUAUCUUCCUCACGAUGGCAGCGGCGCCGCGUGCAGAUGAUGGUGGUUAUCGAUCUACAUCAACAAAUAUCGUCGGGCUACAGAUCAGAUCGGCGAUCGGCGGCCUCAUGUACACACAUCGCAUGGCAGCAACACAAGCCGAAGCAAAGCAGCAGCAUGCCGAGUCAACUCCAUUCAGCAAAUACAUGGUGUGGCAACGUGGCCGACCAACCGGAGGGUGACACAUCAUCACCAUGCUUCAGUGCCAUGCAUAAGAAGUUGUCAAUGCGAUGGCUAAACAAAUCCUGUUGAUUUCAAGCUUUUUCAAUUCGAUGCUGAGCUGUGGUUAAAUGGCCGGCUGCCGUCUACAUCAACCACCUCGUCGGGCAUGCUAAUUUGUAAGAGGUCGACAUCAUGCCACCCCGCCGGAGCGCGCAGAA